UAGGAUUUAGGAUUUAGGAUUAAGGAUUUAGGAUUAAGGAUUGAGGAUUGAGGAUUGAGGAUUGAGGUUGAGGAUUGAGGAGCACAAAUGCAUCCACUAGAACUCUGAGGUAAAGUAGAAAUUCACAGAAACCCAAUUGGAAGUCUAUAGAAUAGCAAUGGUGUAUUCAUCUUCUUCAAUUCGAGCUUUUGGUUCACUUCUCUGCAGAAUCUCAAAUGGGGUUAAUCUUAAACCCCACCAUUCUUGCACUCUCAGAAGUGUUUUUUUGUUGAGUGGGAAUUUUUCGUCUUCUUCAUGGUAUUCAUCUUCUGAUAUAAAGGUCUUGCCUUUAGAACUUCAAUCGAGCAAUUCAGUGAGAAAGAUUUGGACUUCCUCUCCUCUCUGUAUGGGCAGGCGCUCCUGCAAAAUUGCUGGCAGAAAGGUAUAAAAUGUUCUUGCUGUUUAC